GCCCGGCGGGCGGGAUCCUGCCGGAGCAAACAAAGCCACUCUUGUGCCUCGACGGGACAAAGUGCCUUUAUAAACGGAGCCGUCAGAGCCGUGGACGCCAUUUGCAGGGCCUUGUUCCGCUUUGCCAGCGCAUCCCAACUAUGGCGGGUCUGGCGGACGAUUUUCACAUUGAGAAGGAAAGCUUCUCUCCGGCUGCGGAGAACGGACCGGCAAAAGAAGACGGGCCAGAAAUGGAAAAGUUAGAAACUGCCCAAGGGUCAUCUUCCUCUGCUGACAGUGAUCCUGGGUGUGAAACAUGCCCUGGAGAAGAGGAAAGACCUUGCAGUCCCUGUGCCAGGGCAGAUCCAAAUGGUACCCAACUUGGAGCGUCGGAUGUGCCACUUUCGGUCCCUUUGCCAGCCGUCGUGGCGGGUUCCACGGACCUUUCCAAAACCUCUCCUGACGAAUCGUGCCGCCAGCCGCCACGUCUGUCCCUUGCCGAAAUGGACUGCCUCAUUUGCUUCAACCGGUACAGCCCUUGCCGGAUGCCCAAAGUCCUGGCUUGCCAGCACGCCUUCUGCGCCGUCUGCCUCAAGCUUCUCUUGCGCAACGAGGACCGGACGUGGGUCAUCGGAUGCCCGCUUUGUCGGAAAGCCACUGUCGUCUUCGGUGGCCUUGUUUGCAGCCUCCAGAAUAAGGAGGACGUCGUGGGAUGGCUGGAGACCCCGGACUUGGACGCCGAGGCAUGCCACCCUCCAGAACCUCCCAGUGAGAUCCACACUCGCCACCCAACAAUCUCAGAAAACAGAGAACCCGCCGCCGGAGGGACCAACCGUGGCGCGGCCAAGAGACUGGUCUUACUUUUGUUCCUGGUGGCCGUUCUGAUCAUCUUCAUCCUCCCCUUCCUCUACACAGGGCUGCUGAAGUGGGCCCUGUCUUUCGUCGUCCUUUUGGGGCUCGUCAUCUCAGUGCUGCUUUGCUGCAACCCCAGUUGGCACUGCCCAAGCCUGGCACUGCCCUCUUGGAGGAAAAAGGAGAACCCGGUCGCCGCCUCCAUCGCUUGAGAUAGAGCCUCCAAAGCUCUCUCAGAGCCAAUUCAGACAUUGGGAAUGAUCCCGGUUGAAUCUGGGUUGAAUCUCUGUUGUUCACAUGCAUCCCAAAUGCACCUGAUUAAGUUUAGGGGGGUUCCAAAAAAUCCAGUUGACCCGGGAUCAUCGAUAUCAGAGUUUUUCUAAAAGAUCUGCAUUGUCGGCAGUGUGAAUAACUGAUGCGGAUAGAGAUAAAACUCUGCACACCUUGAAUGUGUUUCGAAUGCAUUUUGCUAACUCCAUCUUUAUCCAAGUGCCAGCAUGUGUGAGUAACCGGGCUCCCAGAGAUGCGUUUCCAGCAAACAAACCUGGAAGGUGUGACUGAGAUUAUUUGCGUCGUUGUGCUAAAAAGCAAAGACGUCCCAAUGACCCCCUAAAAGGCUUUGGAGGGUUGCAAGAGGAGUGUGGUUGCAGAGCCAUGGCCCGCAGGGUCGGCGUUCCUGGGAUGUUUUGACCAUCAAGGUAUAUGACAGUAGAUCCCUGGACUAGUGUUGGUUACUGUGCCAUUGCAUGCCAGUCCUUGGUGAUUUUGCAGGCAAUAAAUAACAGUGGAUCCCUUGGUUUGAUUGCAAUAUAAUAGGAAUAGUCUCUUGGUGAAAAAUGGAUUUAUUCUGCAAUAACAUCACCUUCUGAGCAAUUCCUCUUGGAAGGCAAGACCUUUGGAGCUGGAUCAGCCUCAGCUGAGCAAUGGAGGGCUAUUAGCCUUGCAAAAGGAUUGCUGCUGAUGGGGCUAAAAACCUAUCAGAACUGCUUAGUUGUUGUUGUUAGUAUAAUUUAUUGAUAUAGUGUUGCCACUGCGCAUGGUGCUUUACAAGUCAAAGAAGAGCCAAAGAAAACCUCCAUCCCUUACCUUACAAUCUUUAUGGAUAUUGAUCUCCAUUCCUGGACUGGGAAUCUUUCAACUUGAAGUACAGAGUUGUUCUUCUUUGUACAUUCACUUCUACCAAGGUUUCAAGGAAUGAACAUUUGUGCCAGGCAGUUUGCAACAAGGAGAACUUGAAUUCAGUGCUCAGUAUUGUCAAAACAGGGGUUUUUUGUAUAUAUUUUCACAAGUUUUGAUUGUAUAAAAAGAAUGUUUUUUUUUCCUU